AUGUCAAAACCUUUGUCUUCUCAUGUGACUGUGCCCCUCCCUCAAGCAAUGUGGAAUAGAAUCUGGACCUGCAGGACACUUCUGAAAAUUAAAAGUUUUCUUUGGAAAGCUGUAGGAGGAGCUCUUGCUACAGGUAUGGCUCUCUCUAAGCGAAAAAUUCCCCUUGAGCCCAGUUGUCCUAGAUGUGGUGCAGCCUCUGAGACUAUUGAACAUAUCAUUUUGGCCAACCCUUUUGCAAAGGCAGUGUGGUUUGGAUCCCAUCUGGCACUGAAUCCUUAUCAGUCUCAAUCUCUCUCUGUUCCUGAGUGGAUCAUGAACUGGUCAUCCCUCCUAAUUCUAGGCAAAGAAGAGUCGAGGAAGGACAUGUCCCUUUGUAGCUUCAUAGCAUGGAAUAUCUGGAAAGCUCGAAAUGAGCUAGUUUUCUCCAGUAAGGCUGGAUCCCCCUAUGAAGUCUUGUUCAAUCCACAACAGGCUCAUUCAGAACUUUUUACCUUAAGAGGGUCACCUCCUACUUGCAAUCAUGGGGUAAGGAAUGCCCCCGACCUCCCGCUAUACUGGAAGCCUCCCAUUUCCCCAACCUUUAAGUUGAAUACUGAUGCAGCGCUGACAUUCAAGAAGGAUAAAGGCGACCUGGGUUUUGUUAUGAGAGAUCACUCUAGCAACAUGGUGUAUGCUUCUUCUGAACCUAACAGCUUCACCUCUAUGCUUUUGGGAGAAGGUCUUGCUAUAAGGUUGGGUAUGAUCCAAGCCAUUGGGGAAUACAUUGAUCAUUUAGAGGUGGAAUCGGACAGCAAGAAGAUGAUCUCCUUUAUUCAAGAUCCUUCAAGAAAUGCCCUUGCUGAUAUUUCGCCAGUUGUAAAUGACAUAAGUCAUCUCUCUUCUUUUUUCAGGUCAAUUUCUUUCUCUUAUAUCCCUAGAGAGAUUAACAGCGUGGCUGACUCUCUAGCCAGGAAGGCUCUAUCCAUUUUGUGUAGGAUAGAUUGGCCUCACUCCACUCCUUGGCUCCAAGAGGUUUGUCUCUCUGAUGCCUUGGCUUUGACACACCUUUUUCAAUAG